AUGUCGAGCGCCUUGUCGAAGACGCCGCCGCCGACGGCAGAGCUCCGUCUGAUUCAAGCCAUCUCUGAGUUUGAAGCUGAUCUCUCGAGCAUAGAAAAGGCGAAGUAUCGUACACUAAAAUCGCAAUCGCUUUCAACGGCACCUAGCCCGGGCGACGUCAUGUGCCUCACGGCAGAAAUUGAUCGUCGCAUAUCAGACAAGUUUAGUGGACGCUGCUAUGGCCCUCGCUUCACGAAUUUCCUUCAAGGGGUCCAACAAUUUGCUGCGCUCGGAGAUGUUCUAGUGGGAGGCUCCCAAAAUCUCAUUGCAUGUGGUGUGUGGUCAUUGUCCAUCGUAACUGUAUCAUCUUACGUCGAUAAGUUAUCCUCAAUCUUCAUGGACAUUGGCCGCUCAGCUCCACGCCACCAAGCUUUGACCUUACUCUAUCCUCAAUCGAAAAAGCUACCAUCAUACCUUUCCGAGUACUUCACUGUUGUCGUAAACUUUUGUCGACUCCUUUUCAAGUUUGGACAGAAAUCAGCAGUCCAACAGUUUGCAUCAGCCCUGAGUGAAUCACGUCUGAAGUCCUUUCAAGUCGAACUCGAUCGAUGGGCACUCUGCAUCAAAGAAGAAACAAGCCUGGAAGACAUAAAGGAGGGGACUGGAUUCAGGGUUGUGUCCAAAAAGUUCUUCCAAUCAACCUCAGACCGGCAGACGCGUCACACCAGGCUCAAAGUGCUUGAUUAUUGCUCCACAUACGACCAUGAGGUGACGUGGAAGCAGAUCAGGAAAGCUGGCAACACAUCAUCUUACAUGCAGUGUGCGGAUUAUGCAAAAUGGAGAAAUUCAGCGGAGUCAAAAACAUUGAUAUUUGUGGGCAAGCUGGGCUCUGGCAAGUCUGUGUCACUUGCAAAUAUCGUGGACGACCUGAACCUGUUCGCAGCUCAAGAACGACAUCCCGUGGCAUUCUUCUUUUGCAAACACGACGUCUCGGCAAGCCUAUCAGCGCGAACUAUCAUUGGCUCAUUAACCCGGCAAUUGCUGAAUGCUGUGCCCGAUCUGUCCAAGGUCAGUCAGAGCUGUGAAGAUUCCUACGCUACUGGCGACGUCGACAAGGUACUUGACAUCCUCAUUCGAGCCUUUCCGUCCCAUUGCAAAGCAUAUUUCGUCUUGGAUGGAUUUGAUGAAUGCAACACUACGGAGCAGGGGAUCUUGAUACAUGCAAUCAACAAAAUCCAGACUACACAAAAACUCGUUGUCUGUGUCUCUCAACGCCAGGAGUCAGGUCUUGAGGCGCGAUCGGCUGUAGGUGCAUUUUACAAACCCCAUAUGGUUUCAUCUAUAGACAUCUCGUCAGAUAUCGAGGCAUUCAUCGAAGCGGAAUUGGAGCGUUGUCUCGACCAAAAGCUUCUGAACCUUGGAGAUCCGACUUUGAUAUUGGAAAUUCAAACAGCCUUGUCCGAGGGUUCGCAGGGUAUGUUCCUUUGGGCAGCCCUCCAAAUCCAGUCUUUAUGCCUCAUGAAGACUGACUACGCCAUUCGAGAAGCACUGGCGGACCUGCCCCGCACUCUCUCGGAAACGUUUUCCAGGAUUCUACAGAAGUCAGGAAACUCGGAUCCAUCCCUCCAAACUAAAACGCUACAAGUUGUGCUUGCAGCCUGUCGACCUUUGACAACAGAUGAGUUGCGGGAAGCUCUAAGCGUUACACCAGGAGACAGCUUUUUAGAUUCUUCGAGAAUCUUGAAUGAUGUCUACUCAGCACUAGCUUGCUGCGGAUGUCUUCUCAUUGUUGAUGAAGAGGAGCUCACCGUCCGGGUCGUACACCACAGCGUUAAGCAGUACAUCCUAGGCGAACUUGAUAUCCCGAAGCGUGUGAGCUUCUCAUAUCAAGAGGCGCAAAGAACGUUGGCAGACAUCGUCAUCACAUAUCUCAACUACGACGUCUUUGGAACCGAAUUAUCGAACGCCAAGGCUCUACCAAUUCUAACGCACUCUGUACCAUCUAAGGUUUUACAAACUACUCUGGAUUUCUCAAACACUACACGUCAACUCGCUCUGAAGAUUCUGAGUUCAAGAAAACAGUCCGCGUUUGACAUGAGCAAAACUAUCGCAGAAGCAUGCGGCCCCUCUCAACCUAAGCCUGAAAACCCAUUUCGGUUUUAUGCAUAUGCAAAGACAUAUUGGCAAGACCAC